AUGGGUCGAAUUGCUGACGCUUUUGGAGUCCCUCGAAACGAGGUGGCGAAUCCUGUGGGUGCGGCGGCGAAUAACUUUGUCGAAGUGAAUGCGGUUCCUCAGAAUGUCCCGCUUCAAGCAAAUGCCGAAGUGGCGGCAGUGCAAGGUGGUCGAAAUCAGUUGGAUAACCCCGGUGGCCAAAUGCCUCCGAACAUUGAAAAUCCUAUUUUAAUAAAUCGAAAUAUGGAUGCAGAUAGGAUAGUCGAGAGAGUCAGACAAAAUAACGUCAGGGGGCAUCAAAAUAUAGCAGGCAUAGUCGAACAGUUAUUGAACCAACAUGGGUUCAAUGUGGGUUAUGCAAAUCCACCCCAUUUCACUUCGGCUUUCUCCGAAUUUGUCCUCCAAACAGAACUGCCUAGGGGAUGGAAAGUCCCAAAAUUUACCAAGUUUUCAGGGGAUACUGGAGAGUCGACGGUCGAACAUAUCGCUAGGUACCAAAUAGAAGCAGGGGAUAUAGCAAAUAAUGAGAGCCUGAAAAUGAAAUAUUUUCCGAGUUCUUUGACUAAAAAUGCUUUUACUUGGUUUACUACUUUGUUGCCUAAUUCAAUCCAUAAUUGGGUUCAACUAGAGAGAGUUUUUCACGAACAGUUCUUCAGGGGUGAAUCGAAAGUCAGUCUAAAGGAAUUGGCUAGCGUGAAAAGAAAAUUCAAAGAAACCAUAGACGAUUACUUGAAUAGGUUUAGGCAGAUGAAGUCAAAGUGCUUUACUCAGGUCCCAGAACACGAGUUAGUCGAAAUGGCGGCUGGAGGCUUGGACUAUUCGAUUCGUAAAAAGAUAGAUACCCAACAUCUUAGGGACAUGGCUCAACUGGCUGACAGGGUCAGACAGAUUGAAAAUUUGAAGCUCGAAAAAGAGAAAUUUAAUAGAGUCCCCAAGAAGGGUAAAAUUGCGUUUGUCGAAAGUUGCGAGUAUGAAGUCGAUUAUGACUCUUAUCAAGGCAACUGUGACGACGUCGAACAACAGGAGGUUGAUGUAGCCGAAUUGGUAUCAGGACCUCCUUAUGUUUGUAGGAUGUUAAAGCCUUAUGAAUCUAAAAAUGCGGAAACGAACAAAGGUGUUAGUAAGUUGCCUGUGAAAGCGUAUAAUUUUGAUGUUACUAAAUGUGAUGCGAUUUAUGAUAUUUUAUUAAAAGACGGGCAAAUCAAAAUCCCUCCUGAUCAAAAAGAAGUACCUUUCGACCAAAGGAAAGGGAAAAAGUUUUGUAAGUUUCAUAAUGUAUUCAGUCAUUGGACUAAUAAUUGUGUGCGUUUCAGAGAUCUGGUGCAAACUGCAAUCAAAGAGGGACGACUCAAGUUCGAAUAA